AAAACUUUGGAUGAGUGAACCCUUGUCGUGGGCUCUCAGUGAGUAGCCGUAUCUUCAAGUUUAACCGCACGGGAGACUGUGCAUCGGACGCCGGGUGCGCACACACAAGUACGCAUAGACAGAGUGGCUUCAUAAGUGGACCUUCUGACUGGGUUCGUGGAUGACUGGACGCACGGAGAGUCAGUUUGACUCUGGUGUCCGUUGAUUUGACAGAUCCUAAAGUGAGGGCGGUGUGACGGAGACGUGACCGAGAGAUAACUUGGCGCAAUAUUUUACGCAUUGUUCGAUCUGGCACUGAUUGAUGACUGGAGGACGUUAGUUUCAGUUUCUCCGUCUCCUGCGUGUUUGGAAACAUAACAUUUGAAUGGAUUUCUGCAGGUCUCUCCUUUGGAGCAACGGCCCAUGAUCUUCCGGGACUUUGUGAGCUGAAUAUAGCUUUAAUUUCAAUCUGUGUGUUAGAAUAAAUUAUCCCUAUACUGUUAUUGGGACUAAAGCUUUGAGGCAGAAUGGGUUUAUACGGCUUUGCCUUGUCAUUGGUAGCGUGCGUUAUGUACGCGCACAGCAGCACUCUGAGCGCCACGGAGGCUCCUAGCCCACCCCGGGAGUCAUGCGCCUCCUGCGGCCUCAGUGCGCCGGAUCAGUCCGAGCGGGUCAAUAUCGACUUCGUGGAGGCGGUGAAGCGGCAUAUUCUGGACCGGCUGCAGAUGCGGGACAGGCCAAACAUCACGCAUCCCAUCCCAAAGGCAGCCAUGGUGACAGCGCUGCGGAGGCUGCACGCCGGCAAACUGCGGGAGGACGGCCGUGUGGAGAUCCCCAACUUUGACGGCCAGGGUGCAUUUAGCAACGACGUGCAGGCGGAGACGUCGGAGAUCAUCAGCUUUGCAGAAUCAGAUGAAGAAACAAACCCUAAAAUUGGUCUGUACUUCCUAAUCUCCAACGAGGGCCACCAGAACCUUUUUGUGUCCCAGGCGAACCUCUGGCUGUACCUUCGUCUGCUACCUGCUGGACCCGAGAGAGGCCUUCGGAGGAAGGUCACCAUCAAAAUAUACUACCAGGAGGUUGGGGCAAAAGAAAACACAGAGGGUGGGGUAGUGGGCCGCCGGGUCCUGGUGGAAAAACGUGUGGAUCUGAAACGCAGUGGUUGGCACACAUUCCCAUUCUCUGAGGCGGUGCGGGCUGUGUUUGGCAAAGGCAGCCGAAGACAGGACCUACAGGUGGAAUGUGAGGGCUGUGAAACAGUCGGAGCUGCUCCAGUGUUGGUGGAUCCAGGUGACCCGUCCCACAGGCCAUUCCUUGUUGUACGUGCGAGGCAGAUGGAUGGAAAGCACCGCAUUCGUAAGCGCGGCCUGGAAUGUGACGGCACCAGCGGGGGGUUAUGUUGCAGGCAGCAGUUUUACAUAGACUUCCGCCUCAUUGGCUGGAACGAUUGGAUCAUUGCUCCGGCUGGUUAUUAUGGAAACUACUGUGAGGGAAGUUGCCCUGCAUACAUGGCAGGUGUUCCAGGCUCCGCCUCGUCAUUCCACACUGCAGUAGUUAAUCAGUACCGCAUGAGAGGGAUGAGUCCAGGCUCAGUGAAUUCCUGCUGCAUCCCAACCAAGCUCAGCACCAUGUCUAUGCUCUACUUCGAUGAUGAGUACAACAUAGUGAAAAGGGAUGUUCCCAACAUGAUUGUGGAAGAGUGUGGCUGCGCUUGACUGUGCCCGUCAGAAAUGAGUUCUGUGCAUGCAAGACUUUUCUGUGCAGGACAUGAAUGUCAUAUAUCCAUAUCCACUGAGUAUACACUUCACACCAUGCUGGUCUAAUCCAGAAACCACAACCAGGAGUGUGUGAGUGCGAGGGAGCGUGCAUUUGUUUGACUUAAUAAAGCACCUGCAUUCAGUGAUGGGCUGAGAAGGGAGUGAUGUUCACCAAAUGAUAUCUCACUCUAGUUUUGCCAUUUCUAGUCAAAAAAUAAUGGCUCAUCAUCUCCCCCGAAUGAAGUUUUUUUUUUUUUUUGUUUUUUUUUGUCAAAAGCGCUUAAAGAAAGAGACUGGAUCACCCAGUGACAAUCCUGGUGUCAAAACUUCCUCUAACCUUCUUCAACACUUAAUGCACAAAAGAAACUUGUUUUCAUAAAGCACUGUCAAUUCAUCACCUUAUAAUAUUCAGAACACCAGCACUUCCUCCCUGUGCAAACAGAUGCGGUCUGACCAUCCUUUUUAGUGGAAUUAGACAAGCAGCGCUUGAUGCCCUGCAGGAUUACAGCCUCUGCAGCGAGGCCAAUCAAAGGUUUUUACUGACCUGUUCCAGAUGAAGAACCAGGUCUCAGAGGUGCACUUCCUUUGAGCCUCCUCCUUGAAGCUUAGCAGAAGAAGGCCUGCGGACUCAGACAAGUCUCCAUCAAACAAGUCACCACAGUGCACUGCAGCACUUGCAGGAACUAAAAUGCAAACCUUGAAUAGCACUUGUAUAAAAAUGCCUUCCUAGGAGUACUGGGUGUCUUUUCAGAUUGCAAACCAAGUGCCACAUGAGCUAUGCAAUGUGUGGAAGCCUAUGAAACCCAUGAUCCAUAUGCUCCAUUAGACGGGACUCUCUUUCUCUUCAAUUGAUCCUUAAGAUAUAUCUUCAGCCCUCAGCUGUUUAAAAGUACUUGAAAUGUGAUCUUUCGCUUCCUUUCCAAAGCGAAUGAUUGUUGUGACACUUGCACUGAGUAGUGGUGGAAUUAAUGAUACAGAAUCUGCCAUUGAAAAGUUAUUUUUAUAUAGGUAAAUUGAAAUAAGUUUCAGAUGUAUGUAUUUUACAUAAUAAACAAAACCAAAGAAGCCAAAAUUUUUAGCUGUAGUACUGAGGCUGUAAGGUCAUUAGGGUGACUGUCUAUAAUAAUUAGCAAACAGCCCUAAUGCUGUAUCAGGGUAUGAUGGACUGUCAGAUUUACAUUUUUCAGCUCUUUUUUUUUCAUUCUGUUUUUUUAUAAUGAACUAUUCAUUGUUGAUCUAAAUUGUAUUCUGUUUUUUAUAUUUAAUGCAAAGGUUAUGUUUUAGUUUUAAAUCAUAUAGUCAAAUGUCUUAUGUACAGUUUAUGUAAUAUAAAUGUUUUCUUAAAUAUU